AUGCUCAAUAGUGUCCAGCAGGGGGCAUCAGACACACAGUCACAGAACCUGAACACAGACAAGACCAAGAGGAACACUGCUGAACACAGUGUCCAGCAGGGGGCAUCAGACACACACAAAAAGAAAAGAGACAAGACCAAGAGGGGCACUGCAGAACACAGAUUGACACCAGAGGAGGCAGAGCUCAGGUCCUUUCUGAAGGAGAAGUGUCAACAUCUGGUUGAAGGAGUACCACAUCAGGGAGACGCCAGACUCCUCCAGGACAUCUACACAGAUCUCUACAUCACAGAGGGGGGGAGUCGGGGGGUCAAUGAAGAACAUGAGGUCAGACAGAUAGACAGAGCAUCGUGUAGAGAAGGAACACAUGACAGACUAAUCAAAUGCAGUGACAUCUAUAAACCCUUACCUGUAGACCUAUAUCCAGAAAGGGGUCUUUCGCAACACAAACCCAUCAGAGUAGUACUGACAAAGGGAGUGGCAGGCAUUGGAAAAACCGUGUCUGUGCAGAAGUUCAUUCUGGACUGGACUGAAGGAGAAACCAAUCAGGACAUUAACUUCAUUUUACCCAUUCCCUUCCGAGAGCUGAACCUGAUGAAGGACGCAAAACUCAGUCUGCUGGCGCUUAUUCAACGCUUUUUCACACAAAUGAAAGAUCUGAAAGUGCUCUCCAGUUCUGAGACCAAAACUCUGUUCAUCUUCGAUGGUCUGGAUGAGUGCAGACUGCCUCUCGAUUUCCACUCCAACCCGAGGUGUUGUGAAGUGACAGAGCCAGCCUCAGUAGAUGUACUUCUGACCAACCUCAUCAAUGGGAAUCUACUUCCCUCUGCUCUCGUCUGGAUCACCACCCGACCAGCAGCAGCUGGUCAGAUCCCUCCUGAGUGCGUGGACCAGGUAACAGAAAUUAGGGGGUUCAACGACCCACAAAAAGAUGACUACUUCCAGAAGAGAAUGAGUGAUGAGAACCUGGCCAUGCGAGUCAUCAACCACCUGAAGUUAUCCAGAAGCCUUUACAUCAUGUGCCACAUUCCUGUUUUUGCCUGGAUUUUGGCUUCUGUUGCAGAGAAAACAUCAGAGAGAGGAGAAAUGCCAAGGACUCUCACUCAGAUGUACACUCACUUCCUGAACAUUCAGACUUGCAUCAAGAAAGAGAAGUACACAGAGAGAAGAGAGACAGAUGAAGAGAUGGUUUUGAAACUGGGGAAACUGGCUUUCCAACAGCUGGAGAAGGGCAAUCUGAUCUUCUAUGAGGAAGACCUGCGUGAGAGUGGCAUUGAUGUCACAGAAGCAUCUCUGUACUCAGGAGUGUGUACACAGAUCUUCAGAGUGGAGGCGGGGCUGUGCCAUGGGAGAGUGUUCAGCUUUGUGCAUCUGAGCAUUCAGGAAUUCCUUGCAGCACUAUAUGUGUUCCUCUGCUUCUGCAACAGUGCCAGAAAUGAACCACACCAACAUCUCUCUGCUCUGUUCAGAGCUGCAACACUUGACGACCUACACAAGACUGCAGUGGAUCUGGCCUUACAGAGUAAGAACGGACACCUGGACCUUUUCCUCCGCUUCCUCCUUGGCCUCUCACUGGAGUCCAAUCAGAAGCUCUUAAGACACUUACUGCCACAGACCAAUAGCCAACCACAGAGCUUAGAACAAACAGUCCAGUAUGUCAAGGAUAAGAUAAGACAUGAGCGGAAGUCUGAUAGAAAGAUCAACCUGUUCAGAGGUGAGAGUAGUUCAGAUAGAAAGAUCAACCUGUUCUACUGUCUGAAUGAGCUUAAUAAGCAUGCUGUAGUGGAGCACAUUGACAGGAAGGAAGGAAAGAUGUCUGUAGAGAUGCUCUUACCAGGAGAGUGGAAGACUAGAAAGUUUAGGUUUGAGUUAUCAGAAGAGCAGCUGGAUGGGUUUGACCUGCAGAAGUACAUAAAGACACCAGAAGAGGAUCUGACCGACCUCCUCAGCCCAGAUGACGUCCUCAAGAAGCUGGUGCCAGCAGUGUCAUCAGCACUGCUGAGGAAGUGUUCCCUCACAGACAAGAGUUGUGCUGCAAUAUCAGCUGCUGCCAGAUCAACCUCCUGCAGUUUGAAGCGUCUUGUCCUCUCUCUCAAUAAUAUUCAUGACACAGGAGUUCAGCAUCUCUCAGAACUCCUCAAGGAUCCUCAAUGCAAACUGGAGACACUAGAGCUGUUGGAGUGUGACCUCACAGACAAGAGUUGUGCAGCAAUAUCAGCUGCUGCCAGAUCAACCUCCUGCAGUUUGAAGUGGCUUGUCCUCUCUGGCAAUAGAAUUCAUGACACAGGAGUUCAGCAUCUCUCAGAACUCCUCAAGGAUCCUCAAUGCAAACUGGAGACACUAGAAGGGUAA